AGGGGGAGCGACACCCCCCGCUCCGUCGCCCCCUCGCACCGGGGAGGCGGCCGGAGCCGCCAUCUUCCCACCCGAGGCGGUUCCCGGGGGAGAGACGGGAGGGAGGAGGAGGAUCCCGGCUCGGGGCCGCGGUGGUGGCGGGGGCAGGGCGGGCGAGCCGCCGGGGCCGCUCCCGCACUGCGGCCUCGCCGCCCCGGGCACAGCGGCUUACAAAGGUGACCAGUAAAGUUCUCUCUGAGCAGCCAAAAAGCAGACAGCUCAUGACUUCUGAUCAGGACACUAAAGUUGUGGCUGAACCGCAGGUGCAGCAAGUACAAGAAGUUAAGGACGGUUCUCAUCUAGAGUCAACCAAGGUUUCGGAGUUAAACCCCAAUGCAAAGGUGUGGGGAAAUCAUAUGUUACACUUGGAAGCAAGUGGUGCCACUGAUGGUAGUGUGAGCAAAACGUGGGAAGAAAUACCUGACCAGCCUCCGGAUUCCUGUAAAGAAGGACUGGAUGCCAAUGGCGAUGGCGACAAAAAGCAUCAGAACGCGGUGCUGACAGAGCUGCCGGAGCCGAACGCAGCCGUUCCGGGCUCAGAGCAGGUGGAUAUGAACCCUUUGGCUCUCGAUCAUUCUGAGUAUGAGUCUAUGCAUGAAACCACCCAGACAGGUGGAAACGAACAGUUGCAGCCAGAAGGUCAGGAAGAUUUACGAGAAUUACUGAAAAAGACACUGGAAUUCUGUUUAUCUAGAGAAAAUCUUGCCAGUGACAUGUACCUUAUAUCACAGAUGGACAGUGAUCAGUAUGUGCCAAUAAUGACAGUAGCAAAUCUUGAUCAUGUCAAGAAACUCAGUACUGAUAUGGAUUUGAUUGUUGAAGUGCUGAGAUCGUUGCCUUUAGUUCAAGUGGAUGAAAAGGGGGAAAAAGUUCGGCCAAAUCAGAAUCGCUGUAUUGUGAUUUUACGUGAAGUACCUGAAUCUACUCCCAUUGAAGAGGUUGAAGCACUUUUCAAAGGAGACAAUUUGCCUAAGUUCAUCAACUGUGAGUUUGCCUAUAAUGACAAUUGGUUCAUCACAUUUGAAUCGGAAGCUGAUGCACAGCAGGCUUACAGAUACCUUAGAGAAGAAGUGAAGACUUUCCAAGGAAAACCAAUUAAGGCAAGGAUAAAAGCAAAGGCAAUAGCUAUAAACACAUUUUUGCCAAAGAAUGGAUAUAGACCUCUGGAUAUGAACCUCUACACGCAGCAGCGCUACACAACAUCCUUUUACAUACCUCCAGUAUACAGUCCCCAGCAGCACUUCCCACUGUACAGCUUAAUUGGCCCACAGACCUGGUCAGCCGCGCACAGCUACCUUGACCCUUCACUGGUAACACCAUUUCCAAAUACUGGAUUUAUCAAUGGAUUCACAUCUCCAACCUUCAAGCCUGCUGCUUCUCCACUGACAACACUCAGACAAUAUCCUCCCAGGAACAGGAAUCCUAGCAAGUCACAUAUACGACAUACAAUACCCAGUGCAGAAAGGGGACCUGGGCUUCUAGACAGUCCUACAAUAUUCAACUUUUCUGCUGAUCGUUUAAUCAAUGGCGUCAGGAGUCCACAGACGCGGCAGCCGGGACAAAGCAGGACACGGGUGCAGAGUGCGACCACCAGUUACACCAAGAGGGAAGUGGGAACUGGGCGGAUGGAACAGACCAGCGUUGACUCGUCCCCUGGAUUAGGGAGAGGAAGGAAAAACUCCUAUGGCUACCGAAAGAAAAGGGAGGACAAGUUUACAAGAGGCCAAACACAGUCUCCACCACCCCCAAAACCUCCAUCUCCCAGCUUUGAAUUGGGUUUAUCUAGCUUUCCUCCAUUGCCCGGGGCUGCUGGCAAUUUAAAGACUGAAGACCUGUUUGAAAACAGACUGUCCAGUGUGGUAAUAGGAACGUCAAAAGAAAGAAACAUUAAUGUGGAUGCAAGUACAAACACUAUUCCAUCAGGAAUUCCUCGAGAGCCGUUACCAGUUUCUUCUACAUUGCCCAGGACCUUUGAAAGGUCUCCUUCGCCACCCCAGCCUACUGAGGACCCCAAAGUUGUGGAUAAACAGCAGAGAGAGACACAGAGUACAGAAAGACUUUCUUCUUCCACUCUGAGUACUGCAUGUAAAUCUGUACAAGUCAAUGGGGCUGCCAUAGAACUGCGAAAACCUAGUUAUGCGGAAAUUUGCCAGAGAACAACUAAAGAUCCUCCUACAUUGCAACCCCAGAAAGAACAGAAGCCAAACACUGUAGCAUGUGGGAAAGAAGAAAAAAAGCCCACAGAAACAAUAGAGAAAAACAGAGAACCUCCUCCUGCAAAGUCACAUCCUGGACAACCCAAAGACCAGAGAAGACAGUCAGGACGCAGAUCGUCCCCUCCAGCCGUUGGCAAACGCUUAAAUAAAGAACAGAGUACCCCUCCAAAAUCUCCUCAGUGAAAAUAACACCUGGGAGGGAUUUGAGAAGAGGUCUGUUUCCCACAAAUUAAACCCAUGUUCCCACUAAGAUACCUGAGAAUGAGUUGCUGGUUAGGAGCUUGCAGUGAUACAAGGCAUGUAACAAUGCCUGCAAGAUAUUUUUUUUGUGAAAUACUUUUUCCCCCUCUUGAACAAGCAUUCUAUUUUUCUGGGUAUUUCUGGAUAGUUGUUCUAAACCUUACAUUUAGAUUGGUGCUUAAUUGGAGGUGAAGCUUAGUGUGAUAUUUUUUUUCCAAGGUGUAAAAUAUUUGUCUUUAAGAAAAAAUCAACUUUUUAUUAAGCCUCUCUGUGGCUGUGUGAGUGCAAGCUCUGUAUAGUGAGUUUUUUCUAAACUGUUAAGCAGAAACAUGCUGCUGCAAUAUUUUUAAUAAACUGGUCUGCAAGUACAUAUCUAAAUUAGUGUCCAAAAGACUGAUACCGGCAGCUAGUGUGUAGAGUGCAAGAAAGUAGAUAUAUUUUACAAAUUAGUAUGUGACCUUGAAGAUUUUUUUUUAUUGGGCUGCUGUACUGUGUCAGCAAAUGAACUUGCACUUUUAGGUUAAAUGAGUAGCUGUUUCUAGCAUUUUUAAAAACUUAAUCUUUUUUUGAUGUUUUGCACACACAAAAUGAAUUCUACAGGGCACCAUAGCAGUCUUUCUGAAAUAUUUCCUUUUUUGACUUACUGCAAGCAAGUAACCAUCUUCUCACUCCAGAAUAAAACGGAUGUUAUAAUUUGCAAAUACAAAGCACAUUGUGAAUAGAAAGAAUCAAGUCUGUGAGCUUCUUUGGUGGUGAAGCCUGUUAGUGGAUGUUAUCAGGAGAAAGCAGAGUAGCCUUCUUGUGAUAACCUUAGCUUCCCUGUGCUUGUAAGGGAGUUAACUGAGUCAGCGCUGUAUAUUCUGGUUACCCCUGUGCUCUGUGUAGACUUUUUUUUAAAAUUCUGCCCCAAGUGCUCUUUGAAAGAGUUCAUAUCUUAGUCAGCCUUGUGUUGACAUCUUCCUGUAACUACAAGCAUUGGCAUAUGGAUUUAAAUUUUUCAAGACGUGAGAUAAUGGUGUUUGUUUUGUGUGGUGGAGGAAGAGAUCCCUGAUAUUUACCUGUGGGAUGAGGUUUCUCACACUUACUUACUUUAGAAGUGAUGCGCUUUCUGAAGGACAAGGAUGCACUAAAUUAGCAAGUUUCUAAUAAAGUUGAAUAUAAAUUAUUUUUGUUUUAAAAUGCCUAAAGCUUUUCUUUAAGUGUUUAAACUGCAGGAAGUUCAGACAAAACUCAUUCCUGCUGACUAUGACAGUACAGUUUAUUCCACAAAAAUGUUUAUUUAAACAACUGAUUUUUUUUAAAGAAUUAUUUCCAUCCAAUAUUUAAAGACUUGAAUUUUAUUUAAACUUGAAAAUGACUUUGCCUUAACUUUUGUACAAGACAGUUUAGAGUUAAUGAGGUCUGACCCCAUGGAGGGUUAGCAUGAAUGGCAUACAGAAUUACUCAGUUACAGUAUGUAUCUAUUGUCACUGGUCUUACUGGGUAAACAUACUGUAGUACAGGAACUAGCAGCAGUUUUUGUAAUAUACCUUAAAGAUCUUAAACAGUUGAUCUUUUUCAGAUUGUUGAAAAACCUGUAAAUGCAAAUAGUCAAUACUGUAUUAAAUAUGUGCACUUGGAAGUGUGUGCUUUGCUUGUACAGUUGUAAAUAAUCAGAACAUAUAAAAAGGUACCCUAAAGAAAAAAAUCUGAUAAAAAUUAUUGAUAUUAUAAAUGUUGCUGUUGAGCUGGAUGUAGAUAAACUAAAUGUUGUGGUUUGAAUAUUACUUUAAUUUGUUGUUUUUUCUUUUUCUUAUUUUAUUCUGGUGUGUUGAACUGACUCUGCCUCUUCACUGCAAAAGGGAAAUGGAACGAAAAUCUUAUUUGAAAGCCCUCAAAUAUUUUCCUAAAGUCCCUUUAAAACCAAACAAUUUAACCAAUUCAGAAGUGUUCUGCAAUGUAAAUAAUGAAUUUCAGCAGUCAAACUGUAAUUUUUAAGUCAUUAAUAAAAAUCAAGUCUAAUUGGGGAAAAACUUGACUGCUGCAAAAAUAUACAUUGAAGCUUACUUGUCUGCUUUCAAGAGUAUCAAUGCAUGGUUCAUAGAACUGUAAAGUAACUACAGAAGUUGACUCCUGAUAAAUUUCCUAUUAAAAGCAUCAAUUGGUAACUAGUUGGCAUUGUAAAUCCAGCCUCUUGUAUGCUGCAGAAUUGGUCAAAAUAGGGCAUGUGGAGACUGUUGAUUUUUCCUGUUUCCAAAGCGCACUUUGUGAAUGCUGUGGGAGGAGAUAGGACCCUGACACCACCACCAAAACUGCUCAACUACUUCUGUCAUUGGACUUUUUUAUCCCCUUCUCCUUUCCCCAGCGGCAGUGAAAGCGGUAGCUAGAUUUGUGUAUGGUUUAGGCCAGCUGUAUGAUUCAUUUUGUUUGUCUGCUGCAAGUGAAAGGCUUUACCAGCUGCAAACAGUGGCAAGUGGUCCCUUCCAGCGGCUGUGAGCGGCUCGUCCUGGUGCUCAGCCGGUACCCGAGGUGAUCUGUUGAGACCAGUGGGAUGUGUUGUGCUGUUCUAAUGUAUUCUGCUGCCAUUUGUGAUAGGUCAAUACACUGUAAUUACUGCUUACCCAGCAACAGUCUGUUGCAUCUAAAGUUUAAACCUUCCUCUGAUGUGGUUUUAUAGCUUUUUUUUAAAAAAAGUGACACGCCAAAUUGCUGUGUAAUAUACAAUACAACUUCUCCUUACUGUAUUUUGCUUUGAGAUUUAUUCCUCCCCCCACUCAGUGACAAAAUGGAGUUUUCAGAGUAGAGUUGUGAAGUUGCAUGCAGACUGUUGCUAUGAUACAGAGAGGGAUUAAAACAUAGCUUUUAAAAUUAAAAAUCUCCCAAAAGCAGUAUCUGAGCUCAAGGUUCAGGGAUCCAGUAAUUAAAAUUGGCAUUUUAUCCUGUUAGAACUGUGUGGUGAUGCUUUUCAUUUUGAAAACAAGUCAAAAUGGGAUCUGAGGUUCUUCCAGGAAUUUUAGAAAAAAGGUUGCUUUCAAAACUGAAUGUAAUUUCAGAUCAGUCCCACCCUGUGACUCUGUCACUUAGAAACGUGUGAGCAGUGGCAAAUUUUUUAUGUUGCUGCAUUGUCCUUCAAAGCCUUGAGCCCUUGGCAUGGAAAGGCCAUUGUUGGAGUGUGGGUCAGUGUAUCAGGAGCAACAGCUGACUGUAAUGGUGCACACCUAUCUCUGUGUAUCUCCUUCAGCUACAGGUAGGGGUUUUGUGCUUCGUAACCUAUUACACUAAUAGCAGCAGACAAUCCAAGAAUUCUAAGGAGACCUAACAGCUGCCAAUUCAUGAAAUAGAAGUGUAAUAUGGGAGCCUUUUUGAGGGUUUUUGUUUUUGUUCUUCUUCCAUUAAGACUGGAAUCAAGCUUACAUGUAAACUAUCAGUAAUUUAAGUUUCCUUUUGUGUCAUAAAAAUGUAAAACUGUCUAAUUUGAAAAAAAAAUAUGUAGGUUAUGAAAAAUAAAGAUUUAGGCACUGUUGAA